AUGGCCCCCGUUGUGACACGUCCCUUACAGGCCCUGGUCGGGGCUUCGAUGGUGGCCGCGAGGUGGAGCACUACCAUUCAACCUUCGCGCCUCAAGAGAGAAUUACACACGGCCCUCUUCUUCCCAGGGCAUGGUGUCCAACGAGUGGGCAUGACCAAUACUUGGAUGGCCCACUUCCCUAGGACUACAAUUAGACUCCUGGAUGAGAUGGAUUCUAUCCUCGGCUUUAAGCUGUCCCAAAUCAUCUGUGAUGGUCCUAAUUCAAGACUUAAUCAAACCCAGAAUGCACAGCCAGCAGUUAUGGCAGUCUCCGUUCUCAUCCUCCGCAUUCUAGAGGAUGAAUUCAACUUCGAUAUUGGCUCCCGGGUUGAUGUCACUUUAGGUCACAGUUUGGGAGAGUUUGCGGCAUUGGUCGCCUCCCGCCAUCUCCAAUUUCCUGAUGCACUUCGAUUGGUUCGUCGUCGAGCGGAGGUGAUGGCUCAAUGCACAAGGCGGAUGGUCGAACAAUCAGGCGAUAGUUAUGGUAUGGUGGCACUCAUCUGUGAACCUAAUCAUCUUGAAAGUUUGCUCCACACUGUUCAUGAAUUUGUGGGCCUGGGGACUCCUCACCUCGAUGAUACCGGCCCCCCGCCCAUUCCACAAGUGAUGGUGGCCAACAUCAACUCCCCCAAUCAGAUUGUACUCAGCGGUAGUAUUGAAAGGAUCCGAGUCCUACUUGCGCAGCUUCGUCAAUUUGGCGGACAUGAUCCUCGUGCGGUGAGGCUCAAAAGCGAUAGUCCUUUCCACAGUCCGGUCAUGCUUCCUGCCGCGGAGGAUAUGAAGAUUGCAAUGCAGGAGGUGGAUAUCACCUUCCCCGGCAUUAUUCCUUGCAUUUCCAAUGUCUCCGCACUGCCAUUUAAAUCCAAGCAAGAUUUGAAAAAUCUUUUGUCAAGGCAAUGCACUGAUACGGUGCGAUGGUGGGAAAGCAUCCGUUAUCUCCACCAAAACAAAGGAGUUCAACGGUGGAUUGGCAUUGGACCGGGCAAAGUUGGCCGAAAUUUGGUUGGCAAAGAGGUUGGAAGAGUCGACACUAAGGGUGGUGGUGUGUGGGCUGUCUGCAGCCCUAGAGAAAUGGAGGAAACCCUCAAGGCUUUGGAGCAAACUGAGCCUGAAGCCUACUGCAUGUGA